AUGCCUGUCAAAAUCAUCAAGGAUGUCUCAGAAGCUAGCCUGGACGUCGUCCUUGUCCCCGGCUUGAAGAUCGCCGAUAAACCGGAAUGGACGUCUGCUAAGAGUGCUCUCUUCUGGCCAGAGCGUCUUCUCCCGCAAAAAGCUCCCAAAGCGCGGAUUUUGGCGUUUGAAUACGACGAUGAUUUGACCGUUGAUGCAUUCUGGAAUGAGAGGAAUGGGUUUCAUUCCACGUCAGACGAAUUGGUCGACGACCUUACCGAAGCGAGAUCCGGAGACAAAGCCAAAAGACCGAUCGUGUUCGUCGCCCACUGCCUUGGUGGCGUAGUGCUCCAAUCGGCACUCCUUCGAGCAAACAAGAAUGAAUCGAACAAGAAGCUUGUGGAAAAGGUGGCAAGCAUCCUGUUACUUGGAACACCUCAGUACACGCCCGAUAAUCUACAGACAGCGAAGAAAUUUUUCCAAUUGGUGGGAAAGGAAAUUCCAUCUGACUCCAAUCUUAAAACCUUGUCGGCACAUAUAUUGAAAGUCUCGCAAGAGUUCGCUCAACUGCGAGAGGCCAACUCGAUCAACGUUGAGACCUUCUAUGAGAACGCUCCUGUGGAGAUCCAUGGCAAAAAGUUGUAUAUUGUGGAUGUCUCCGAGGCCAAGUUACCAGGGGAUUCGCCCGACCUUAAGGUUUUGAAAGGCAACCAUCAUGAGAUAGCCAGGUUCGAGGAUGAAAACAAAGAUUUCCGAACCGUGUCCAGAUCCAUCGCGCGGGUGAUCGAGAAUCUCCCUAAACAGGACGCGAAGGGGGUGGCACGAACAUCUCUUUUGCCGGAAACAAUUCUGGCUUCCAGAUUGGACAGAAUAACGGAGAGUUGA